AAGAUUGCUCCCAAGGUCUUCAUCAUCAGCAUGUUCAGCCCUGAGGCAGACAUCUGGUAUGAGAACCUGCCCAGCAGCGGCCUGGGUGAUCUCCUGGCCGUCAACAUCUCAGCCCCGGGCCUGUCUAUGCUGUUCCCUCAUGUCCACUGCACAGCCGACUAUGAGAUCUGCCAGGUCACGACCGGCGAGUCCGAGAUCAACGCCGCCACCACCGUCACCUCGGUUGUGCUGUCCGGCAAGUUCGAUCUGACGUCGACGUACUUCAUGAUCGCGGGUAUCGCAGGUGUGAGCCCGCAGUGGAGCACCCUCGGCGGCGUGGCCCUGUCGCGGUACGCCGUGCAGGUCGCCCUCCAGUACGAGUUUGACGCCCGAGAGAUGCCCGAGAACUUCACCACCGGCUACUUUGGCUUCGACACGUACCUGCCCAACACCUUCCCAGGAGAGUGGUACGGCUCCGAGGUGUUUGAGCUGAACGAGGACCUGCGGCAGAUUGCCUACGAGUACGCCUCCGAGGCCAACCUGACCGACAAUACCAUCGCCGCGGCCUACCGUGAGCGCUACGCCGCCAGCACCGAGAACUACACCGCCGGCGCCUCGCCUCCCAGCGUGGUGCUCUGCGACACCGCCACCAGCGAUGUGUACUACUCUGGCAACCUGCUCUCGGGCGCCUUCGACAACACCACCACGCUGUGGACCAACGGCUCCGGCAACUACUGCAUGACCGCCCAGGAGGACAACGCCACCCUCGAGGUCAUGGUGCGCAUGGCCAUCGAGGGCCUGGUCGACUUUACCCGCAUCAUCCUCAUGCGCACCGGUUCCGACUUUGACCGCCCGCCCCCAGGCGUCUCGGCCUACGACCACCUGCUCAUCAUGGACCAGAAUGGUUUCGAGAUCGCCAUCGAGAACAUCUACAACGCCGGUGUCGAGAUCGUCAAGGGCAUCCUGGACGACUGGAACUGCACCUUCAAGAACGGCGUCGAGCCCUCCAACUACAUUGGCGACGUCUUUGGCUCCCUCGGCGGCGAGCCCGACUUUGGCCCUGGAAGCAUCACUGACGGCGAGGGUGUCCUGCCUGAUGGAGAGACGGGCGAUCUCGAGAAGCGGGACGCUGAUGCCCUCGAGGACAUCAAGGUGAAGAGGACGGCCGGGAUGAAGAAGAACAGGGGCCUGCAAGCUUGGAAGGGAACCCGAGGCGUGCCUGUGAUGAAGGUCCGGGCCCCCACGGCCUAGUUGAGGAUGGUCGCAUGUGUUGUAUAUAAAACCCCAUGUCGAUACUCUGUCCAGCCUCUCAAGAAAAGGGUUAAUUAAUCAAAAUCCGUAC